AUGUCGAGUGAGGCAAGAUUAGAGUAUUUAAGAUCUAUUGCCACAGCAAAUGUAAUUGAUUCACCAUCUCCAUACAAAUCCCAGAAACAUCAAAUUAAAAAAAAAGUAAAUAGAAGGAAUAAAGCCGCAAGACAAUUAAUAUCAGAUGAACAGAAAAGAAUCAAUGGUUUGCUAGAAGCUUCUGUUUCGGAAGAAAAUACGCAGGAAACUUGCAAGAGAUUAGUACCAAAAGUAACAUACUUCAAUAUAAAUGCACCACCAUCUAUGAAACCACCUAAAAAAUACUGUGAUAUAACAGGGUUGAAUGGACCAUAUACAUCACCAACAAAUAACAUCAGAUAUCAUAAUUCUGAAAUCUAUCAAUUGAUUGUAAAACCAAUGGCGCCAGGUACAGACCAAGAGUACUUAAAAUUAAGAGGUGCUAACUUUGUAUUAAAGUAA